GAGGCAUUUCUAUCGCGGUUGUGACCGUGAACGCAACAGAAGCGCACACCGCACCGUCGCACACGCAACGCGAGAGAGUACCACCAGCCAACCUAGACAUUCAAGUACAAGUAGUAGCUGAAAGUUAAGUCUCCUCCGCACACACGAGCGGCGAAGAGACAAGGCCAAGGACAGCGCUGCUAUUGCGAUUUUCAUCACGCAGGCACGUCAAGUGUGUGUGUACGCCAAACGCGGUGUCGAAGAAAAACGGUAGUGUGCACAGUGUGACGAAUAGUUUUCACAUUUUGCAUCUCGUUGCGCGGACGCGUGCACGAGAUAAUCGGGAGUUGCGCGCGCGCAGAGAUUCAUCAAGAAAGAGACUGUUCGCGCCUCGUUUCGAUACCAAUCGAGCGCGGAGACAUCGCCACCGCAGAGAGAUCCGACAACGCUUCUUCAACUCGUCAAAGUUGUGCACGCAGCGCGGAAAGCAGCAGGUACUUCUACGCUUCAAUAUAAUAAAUAUAUAGUUGAGUUGCUGAGUUGCUGAGCCAAGACUAUCUGCGCAUAAGAUACCAACAACUGGAAUGAAUUCAAGAAUGCAUUGGUAUACGUGGGCGUUAAUCGUCCUGUCCGUGGCGAGCACGCAUGCCGCCGAUGAGGACACGGAAGCGGAAGUCAUCGACGCGCCCGACAAGUAUCCGGCACCAGCGCCCAGCCCGCUGGAUGAUUGUGAUCCCGAAAAAGUGGGCUUUGAACUAAUCACCGGGUAUGUCUUCUCGGCACCCGGCAAUGUCCUCGAUUCCAUCCCCGGCACGUUGAUGCUCACCGACUGUCUGGAGACCUGCCAGGGUAAUGAUUCCUGUCAGGCUGUGAAUUACGAGACCGGUCUGUGCGUCCUCUUCAGUUCCAACGCGGAUGCACUACCAGGAGCGCUGACCAAGUCCCAGUUCCCGGUGUUCACAAUCUACGCGCAGAAGAGCUGCCUGGGCGUCAAACCGUGCGAACGCGCCUGGUGCAUCGACAGGGUGCAAAACUACCGCCUCUCCGGGCAUGCCAAGAGUCAUCAGGCGGUCAACUCCAGGCAGGAAUGUCUGGAACUGUGCCUGGGCGAGAACGAAUUUCAAUGCAGAUCCGCAAAUUACAACAACGCCACCGGUGAUUGCGAGCUAUCGACGAUGGACCGCAUCACGCUUGCUGGUAGCAACGCCUUCCAAGCCGCCGAUGGCUACGACUACAUGGAAAACAACUGCAUCGAGCAGCCGGCAAAGCUCUGCGAAUUCAAGAAGCUCACCGGCCGAAUUCUUAAAACCGUGGAUUCCGUCUAUCAAGACGUGGGCUCCUUGGAUGAGUGCCGCGAAUUGUGCCUACACUCUCCGUACAGGUGCCACUCGUACGACUAUGGUGACACCGGUGAGAUGGUCUGUCGUUUGAGCCAUCACUCCCGCGCCACUCUAGCCGAUAUUCAGGAUCCGUAUCUCGACGUACCCGAAGCGGCCACGUACGAAUUGAGCUCGUGUUACAACGUGAGCAUCGACUGCAGAUCCGGCGAUAUGGUCGCGCGCAUCCAAACGAGCAAGCUCUUCGACGGCAAGAUUUACGCGAAGGGCUCGCCCAACUCUUGCGUGCGCGACGUCAACAACAGUCUCGAGUUCGAGCUGGAAAUGGCCUACGAUAAUCUCGAGUGCAAUGUGCGCAAGAACGGCCUGGGUCGCUACGUCAACGACGUAGUCAUCCAGCAUCACGACAAGAUCGUCACCAGUUCGGACCUGGGUCUGGCUGUCACCUGCCAAUACGAUCUCACCAACAAGAGCGUUACCAACGAGGUGGACCUGGGAGUGCACGGCGAUGUCCAACCGGCGCUCAGCGAGGAAGUCACCGUCGACUCGCCCAACGUGGCGAUGAAGAUCACAGAUCGCAGUGGUGGCGAUGUAAUGCCCACGGCCGAAGUUGGCGACCCAUUGGCACUACGCUUUGAGAUCUUGGACAAGAACAGUCCGUACGAGAUCUUCGUCAGGGAAUUGGUUGCUAUGGACGGAGUAGAUUCCAGUGAAAUUGUCCUCAUCGACUCUGAUGGUUGCCCUACUGAUCAUUUCAUUAUGGGACCUUUGUAUAAAUCAGCGGAGUCCGGAAAGAUUCUACUCUCGCACUUUGAUGCCUUCAAGUUCCCCAGUUCUGAAGUAGUACAAUUCCGUGCAUUGGUUACACCCUGCAUGCCCUCCUGUGAGCCAGUUCAAUGUGACCAAGAAGAAUCCACAGGAGAGCUGCGUUCAGUCAUCUCAUACGGUAAACGCAGGAGGCGUCGUUCCACGAGCAGCUCAACAAACCCCAACGAUGACCUGCUCCUGGUCCAGACCAUCCAGAUCACCGACAAAUUCGGUUUCGAGCGGGACGGCAACAAGACGACCACUUUGGGUCGCGAAGCAAUGUUCCUCCCCGACAGUCAAGGCUUCUGCGUGAACAUGGCCGGCCUGAUAGUCGCCGCCACAGUCUUCCUUGCCGCGCAGCUCGCCAUCAUCGCCGCCUGGACGUUUGUCUGGCAGCGAAGGCGGCUGAAUUCCAAACUCAACGACUCUGCAUCAGUGAGCGUCAGCCUGCCAUCGACUUUCGGCACGAAUCGCACCGACAGCCUCUGCAAGCUGUAUGAUAACAAUGGCUACGCGCACUCGCGUCGCUUCUAAACCCAUUGCCGUCCAUACAAGCCCCUCAUAAACCCAUAAUUCAUAUCAACGAAUCCCAAUAUACCAGGUAAACAGGUGAGAACAACAUUCGAAGAGGACCAUCUGAUGAACACAGUUUCCGAGCCCAGUUUUGCCAUGAAGUCAAGCAAGAAGCCUUCUUCUAUCUAGGGUACGUAGUGGUAUCGAAAUGCGUCGUGCAUUCAUAACUGUAACGCAUAUAGCGAGAAUAUCACGGUCGCCGCGACGAACAACACAAAUACUCACACGACAUACACACAUAUAUAAACAAACUCUGGGCCAAGGUCGGACAUGCAAUGCAAUCAAUUUUUAGCGCAUCUGUAUUUUAACUCUAUAAUCACUUUAAUCAUAUUUCGUUGCGUGUGCGCGUGCGAUUCGAAACCACCGCUCGCAUUCUCAGGAUUCGUGUCGACUAAAGACACGUUGUGACAACGACGAAUGCCAGCGGCGGUUAAUUAACCGUUCGCGAACCGUUCAGAGACAUAGAGCCACCGUGCGACGUGCUAAAUAACGCACAAAGAGGUCGCGCGACAUAAAACUCUUACACAUACGCCAGCGUCAUUUGCAUGUGAACAAGUUCACGCACAGGAAGUAACAUUGCGCUAACGGAGACGCGUGGUAAAAAUGCAAUAAAACAAUUUUAGAACAUCAACAAACCGUAACAAGAAAAAUUUCGAUAAGUGCCUUUUAAUUGCAAUUUUUUAAUUUUUAAUAAAGCCGCAAUCGAAAUUGCGCGAUUUAAAUUUACUACUUAUUUAAUUUUAUACAUAUUAUACAUAACAAAAAAAGUAUGACGCUUUACGAGGAUGCCAGGACGAUCGUGAUGAAUGAAUGUCGAUUGCUGAACUUUUUUUAAGUUAUUGUCGAGUUUAAUAUUUAACGCAUAGUUUCCUCGCGUCUCGUUCAAACAUAAUGAAGUGAGACGCAUCGAAACAUUAAUAUAUAAUAUAAAUAUACAUAUAAUAAUAUUUAAUGAUGCCCUCCAUGAAGAUGCGAGAAUGUGUGUGCUAUUGGCGCGAGUGUGUUAUUUAAUUUAAAAAAUGCUUGUCCUGGUUUCCUUAUCAUGCGUUUACGAUAUACAAGACGACGCGAACUGAGCGGCGCUGCUUUUGCUCGUUCUCAAAUGAAGAAACCGCAAAACCGGCGCCCGAAUUAUUUUUUAAAAUUUAUUAAUUUAAACGAAUACUAUGACACUUACAUACGAUACUUGCGCAUUGCGGCGAGAACGAGAUAUAUUUAUAAUUAGAUGUAUUACUCUAUGUUAUUUGAUUUCAAGAAUACAAUAAUAUAUCGACAAGCGAGAAUCUAUUAUUCGAAUUAAUUAUAUUUAUAUCAUUAUUAUACUAUAUAUUUUAUGAUAAAAAUAAAUUAUAGCCGUUUCCAUAUGUUUUCCACAUAUUUCAUUUUGGCGAUUUUCAUUUCGUGUGUUUUAUUUUUGUGCGGAGAAAUUUAGUUGUGUACCCGAUAAGAUUAAGAUUAAUAAGAGUGUUUAUCGUAUUCUUUUAUGUAUGCCACAAGCGACAAGAAAAUAAACUGAAUCAAUAUUA